AUGUCCAUGAUGGAAUUCUCCUCCCCCCUGGCGGCCAUGCAUCCGCCGCCGUGCCCGCCAUGGGGCAACCGCCGUGACCUGCCUGCAUCGAGAGCCAUGUACCAGUCGCAGACGGUCGGAUCCAACAGCUUCAACUUUAAGGAACUGAGCAUGAAGAAGUCGGCGCCCGACUACUUCACCAUGCGUCCGGCACGUGGCUCGUCGCCUACAGCCAGUCUCGCAGCAGACCUGUCGUCCAACUUCCACAUUGAUCAGAGCCCGCAGAUUCCUACCCCCAGACGCUCAUUGUUCAACCAGAACCUCUUCCUCCCUCGUGACCGCUCAGAGCAGCUCGCAACCCCGCCGCUCAUCGAGUACGACGGCCUCUGCACCCCUCCGAUCCCCAUGUCGUCGCCCGGUGACAUGAUGGACAUCUCUCCCCUCCCCCACAAGCAGCCCUGCUUCGUCGCACACGUCACCCUUCCCUCGCCCUCCCCCGAGCCUGCCGAGGGCGACGACGACGACAUGCUCUCGUGCCAGGAGGCUCUCUCGCUGCCCAUGCCUGAGAAGCCCACUCCCAUGCCUCUUCCCGAGCGCAAGAAGUCGUCCUUCCUCAGACCUUCCUUGGUUAGAAACAAGGGCCACUCCUACUCCACCACGUCGGUCCCUCAACAAGAACACAAGCUCCCCACAUUCAAGUUCGGUGGUGCCGGCCUCAGCUGCACCUCAAGCCCUUCUUCAGACUGCGAAUCCUCGCCCUCCAAGUCAUAUCUCAUCCCUCCUUCUCGUCGCACCUCGCUCUGCCGCAACAACGGCUCGCCUCUGGGUUCGCAAGUCCGCAAGUCGGCCGCCGUCCGUCCUCCCCCCAGGAAGCAGGUCCGCCGUUCGCUUAGCAUGUUUCAGCACCCCGACGAUGUCAUCAAUGGUCAACAAGACGACUACUCUCACAUCAACUCGUCUCCUUCCGUGUCUAUGGACCUUGACGAGCCCUACAAGCCCAAGCUUCCUCACUUCUUCAACGAGGAAGAGCCCGACAGUCUUCCCCGUGUCAAGCAGGAUACUCUUCUCAACGUCCUCAAUGGCGACUACAACUCCCACUACGACAAGAUCUUGAUUGUUGACUGCCGUUUCGAGUACGAGUACAACGGUGGCCACAUCAACGGCGCCGUCAAUUACAAUGACAAGGACCAAUUGACCACCGACCUGUUCGAGCACGGUGGUGUCACCCCCAGCACUCUCCUGAUCCUCCACUGCGAAUACUCUGAGCUUCGUGCCCCUCGCAUGGCCAAGUUCGUGCGCAACCGGGACCGCGCUGUCAACGACUUCCAGUACCCCAAGCUCACAUUCCCCGAGAUGUACAUUCUUGAAGGUGGCUACAGCAAGUUCUUUGCCAGCCACCGCACCAAGUGCUUCCCCCAGAGCUACGUCGAGAUGCACCACAAGGACCACGAGCGCGAGUGCGAGAAGGGUAUGGGCAAGCUCAAGCAGCGUGCAAAGCUCAACCGCGCCCAGACCUUCGCCUUUGGUCAACAGUGUACCAUGGAGGAUAGUCCUACCUCCACCAAUCGCUUGGGCCCUCGCAGCCUCAGCGCCAUCGGUAUCUUCGACGCCAGCCCAGACAACUCCCCUCUGAGCCACAACCUCGUCCGCCGCCUUGCUUCCUACUAA